AUGGAGAAUAAAGUGGAACAGUCUCAAGACAAGAAGCCGCAUCGCAGCGAUAAUACUUUGGAUUUUUUUGGAUAUUUGAAAGCCACGCAGCGCAUGAAAUAUUGGCAACCAGUGGCCAAUCGUACAAAGGUCGUCAAGUACGUUUGCCUCUCGGAUGUGAGCUGCGACGUGGACUCGGUGGCAAGCACCUUGGCGUUGGGCUACUACCGCUACCGCAACAAGGCGUCGAUUUUCGACCACUAUGUGCCAGUGCUGAAUAUGCGCCGUCGCGACUAUGACAACAAGCCGGAGCUGGCCUACAUGCUGGAAAAGUGGAACAUUUAUGCGCAGCGGCACCUUCUUUUCCGGGACGACAUUAGAAGUGACAAUUUUAAACAAUGCAAGUUCAUUUUGGUCAACCACCACGAAAGUGUGUUCCACCGUCACGUGGUGGAGUAUUUUGAUUACCGUCCGGGCCGCAGGGACGAUUUGCCGCUGCCUAAGGACUGCAGGCGCGACUUGAGCCUGCUGCCGAUGCGCUCGUGCGCCGGCAUGAUCACGGCCCUGUACAAAAGAGACUCGAUUGAGUGCCAGGUGGUGUACGAUCUGCUGCGCACCGCGCUGCUCGUGGCCAACGUCAACUUUGUGAAGGUGCCGCCGCAGAAGCUGCGCGGUCUGCGCGACCUCGAGAUGCUCCAUUACCUGGAGACGUGCAUGCUAACCAAGCCCAUGGAGAUGGCGGAGCGUGCCCAAGACUACCAGAAGCUGAUCGAGUCCAUGUUCGAUUCCAAGUCGCUGGAUGUGGCAAAGCUGCUGUUGCGCGACUUCAAGGUGUUGAGGGCCACCGACGGAGACUCGACGCGUCGCCUCGUCUUCACCAGCUUCCCGAUGGACAUCACCAUGCUGGUCACCAUCAGCCGCGCCAUGUCGGCGGUCCACACCUUCGGCAAGGAGCAGGGCGCCGACUUUGUACUGCUGGUGGGCACCACUCCCGGCGUGGCCGAGGACGAUACCAUGGCCGUUGGUCAGCUGGGCCUCAUCGACGUGGACGGAUUGAGCGAUGGCACCAGCCGUCAUCUGUUCAACCACAUGGUCAUCAAUCUGAAUGCGUACGCUGAUCCACCGUUGGGGCUGCACCCACUAACCCACAUCGAAUUUAUGCGCGGCUCCUUCUUCAAGUUGGAUAAGUUGAAUACGAGUGUGCAGGCGAUGCUGCGUCUUGUGGAGCACAUCGCGUGCCACUGGACACUGACUUGUAGCUGUAUCGACGGAGAACCCUCUAAGACGACAUGCUUCAAAGGGUAUUAA